GCUUCGAACCCUUUUUUUUCUAUGACUAGGCUUCAGCUUUUGAACCUUUAUAGUCCAAUAAUGCAGAGCCGUAAAAAAGGGCUUUGAGCUUUCGGAAUCCGCUGUCCAGGCCCAAUCGUGAGUUGAAAGAGGCAAAAAGGGAAAAAUGCUUUAGUCUUUGGGUAUCAUCGACUGAAGAGAAAGGAAGCAAAAGCAGCCAAGAAGUAGAAAACCCAAAAAAUUUUGAGAGUUAGACUCGGUGAGUGAGCUAAUUCGGUAUACGGAAACGUGAAGGAAGAGAAAGAUGUCUUCUUCUUCUUCUUCUUCUUGUAAAGCGUCGGAAUCUGAAGCGGCAGGCGUUGCUUCUGUGGGGCAAGACGACAUCGGCCUCGGCGACGUGCAAGUGACGAGCUUCACAGAGCUCGUGGAUGACGUGACCCCCUCCACUUUCAGAUCAUUUGCCUUCCUAAUCAGUUAUGCUAUUCCUCUUUAUUUUUCUACUAAUGAGUUUGGGAUUACAAGUAAUUAUUUAUUUGAUAGAUAUACGCAUGGAUGGGCUGUAACUCUGCUAAACUCGGAAACUUGUAUGCUGCUGCUCCUAGACGACCUAGUAAUACGGAAAAUGCUGAAAAGAAGUUGGUAGAGAAGCUAAUUGCCCUGGGCUACUCAAGGUCGAAAUCUCCAGCUGCAGGGCGAACGUUAUGUUCUUCAUAGCUAAAAACUGUGAUUCAUAUGUGCAUUGUAGCAGCAAGCCAGUAGAUUGUACUAGUCUGCAAUGUAGAAUCUGUUACGGGAUCCUUUUUAACUCAUUUUAUUGAUCUAGAAAUUUAACCAACAAAAUAUAAUGAGUCUGGCUGCGAGUCCCGGACGGUGGAUGUAAGCUUUUCUGUUAUGUUAUGUGCUUUGUUUCUUCAUGGCAGAAACAUAAAAGUUGCAAUUGCACGGUUGUCUUCGAUUUUCUCCC